GCAUGUCAGGAUGGCGGCUUCAAACCUGGAGAACCAGCUACAGAGUGCCCAGAAGAAUCUGUUGUUUCUCCAGCGGGAACACGCCAACACACUGAAGGGCCUGCACGCCGAGAUCCGCCGCCUGCAGCAGCACUGCACAGAUUUAACCUAUGAGCUGACUGUAAAGAGUUCGGACUUGUCGGAAAACGGUAGUUCAAGAAGUGAAGAACUUAAAAGAAAGUGCGAAGAGCUCGAAGCUCAGCUGAAAAUCAAAGAGGCUGAAAAUAAUGAAUUAUUGAAAGAACUUGAACAAAAGAAUGCGAUGAUAAUGGUGCUGGAAAACACUAUUAAAGAAAGAGAAAAGAAGUAUUUGGAAGAGUUAAAAAUGAAAAGCCAUAAGCUCAAUAUGCUGUCAAGUGAACUAGAGCAGAGAGCGAGCACUAUCGCUUACUUAACUUCUCAGCUGCACGCGACGAAGAAGAAGCUGAUGAGCUCAAGUGGGACUUCGGAGGGGACCCCUUCUGGCAGUCCCGUCUUGUCCGGCUAUAAGCCCUCCCCUCCCAAAGACAAACUGCCGGAGACUCCACGCCGCAGAAUGAAGAAGAGUCUGUCAACCCCGCUCAACCCCGAGUUUGAAGAGGCCUACAGAAUAGGGUCAGAGAGUCGGAAGCUGCUGCUCCGAGAGCCCGUAGAUGCCAUGCCCGAUCCCACCCCGUUUCUCUUGGCCAGGGAAACAGCCGAGGUGCAUCUUAUUAAGGAGAGGCCGUUGGUUAUUCCACCUAUCGCUUCAGAUCGUGCAUCCGGAGAGUCGCACAGCCCAGCCCGCGAGAAGCCGCACAAGGCGCACAUCGGGGUGGCGCAUCGCAUCCACCACGUCGCGCCAGCCCAGCCCCAGCCAGAGGUCGAGACACUGGCGGUGGAUCAGGUCCAUGGAAGCAAAGUGGUCAGGAAGCACUCAGGGACGGACAGAACUGUUUGA